UCCAUCAGGAUAUUCUUGCUCACACAUACACACACCCUCUCACAAGGUCACAGACUCAUCGCCCUUGCAGCCUUCCUCUCUCUCCUCUCCACCCACUCUAGCUUGGCUUGGACCAGAUCUCACAUUUUUUGUUCAGUUUCUCUCCACGCCACCACUCCCUCCUCCCUCUUCCUCUUCCCCUUCCUCCUCACCUCCCAUUCCCUCAGAUCUUCCCCCAUAUCUCUCUGUCUCGCCGCAGUCCGCCUCCCAAUCUGAGGAGCUUUUCUUCAGCUCAAGCUUCUUGCUCGCUUGCUCUCUACUAUCUCUCCUUUUGACUCGUGGCCAAGCUGCAGAGGAAACCCAAAAUUCCAAGAAAAGCAACAGGUCAAGAAAGAGGGAAAGCUAAGGUGAGAGGAGAUGGGAGGAAGGAAGGAAAGAAAGAUGGUGAUGAUGGCGAUAAGUCGCCCCAUGAUUCGCGCCAUCAUUCCGUCUCGCCCGAGGCCAGUGCGCUGGUAAAAGGGCCUCGCCGUCCGUCCGUCCGGCCGGCCGUGCGGCGCGCGUGGAGGAGGUGGUGGUGGGUGCGGAGGUGCGUGCGUGAGAGGGGCGUCUUGCCACAAUGCCGCAGUACCAGGAGCUUCCCUGCGGCGGGCAGGUGCUCGACAUCGACACCGCGCUCAAGGACGGCAUCCUUGGGGGUGGCCCGGAGCUCGGGGACGCGGCGGCCGGGGACGGAGGGAAGCAGCCGGUGGAGCUGAGGAAGAUGAUGGACGAGCUGGACGCGGCGGGGGACGGCGGCGGGGACGAGGCGGUGCCGGCGGUGUUCAUCUGCCCGAUCUCGCUCGAGCCCAUGGUGGAUCCGGUGACGCUGUGCACCGGGCAGACGUACGAGAGCGCCAACAUCUCGCGGUGGCUCGCCCUCGGCCACCGGACGUGCCCCACCACGAUGCAGGAGCUCUGGGACGUCACGCCCAUCCCCAACACCACGCUCCGGCAGCUCAUCGCCGCCUGGUUCUCCCGCCGCUACACCCGCUUCAAGAAGCGCUCCGCCGACUUCCACGGCCGGGCCGCCGAGCUCGUCCACGCGCUCCGCGGCACGGCCGUCCCGAAGAGGCAGCCCCUCAAGGGUCAGGCCAGGGUAGCCGCGCUCCGGGAGCUGCGGUCCCUCGCCGCCGCCCACCAGUCCGUGACCAAGGCCAUCGCCGAGGCCGGCGGCGUCGGGCUGUUGACCUCCCUCCUCGGCCCCUUCACGUCACACGCCGUGGGGUCCGAGGCGGUCGCCAUUCUUGUGAGCGGCGUGCCGCUCGACGCCGACGCCAAGGCCGCAUUGAUGCAGCCGGCGAAGGUGUCGCUCUUGGUGGACAUGCUCAAUGAGGGUGCGGUGGACACCAAGAUCAACUGCGUCCGCCUCAUCCGCAUACUCAUGGAGGAGAAAGGCUUCCGGCCGGACACAGUAGCCAGCCUGAGCCUGCUAGUUGGAGUCAUGCGCCUCGUUCGAGACAAGCGGCAUCCGGACGGCGUCGCUGCGGGGCUUGAGCUGCUCAAUUCGAUAUGCGCAGUGCACAAGCCUGCAAGAAGUUUGAUUGUUAGCAUCGGUGCGGUUCCGCAACUAGUAGAAUUGCUGCCAGAGCUGCCAACGGAGUGUGUAGAGCCAGCCUUGGAUAUCUUGGAUGCGCUUGCCGCAGUCCCGGAGGGUCGGAUAGCGCUGAAGGAUUGCCCCAGGACGAUAACCAAUGCUGUGAGAUUGUUGAUGAGGGUUUCAGAAGCAUGCACACGGCGAGCUUUGUCAAUGCUGUGGGUGGUGUGUAGGAUGGCGCCUGAAGAAUGCGCGCCGGCUGCUCUAGAUGCCGGGCUUGGGGCCAAGCUUCUCUUGGUCAUACAGAGUGGGUGCGGACCAGAGCUGAAACAGCAAGCGUCCGAACUGCUCAAGCUGUGCACCAUGAAUUGCACAUCGACGGUAUUCAUCUCCAAGUGCAAGCUUACGAAGACAAUCCAGUGAGUGGAGUUUGGAAUUGUGCUGUUCCGCUUGUGAUUUGGUCGAUGGUGAAUGGUUCACCUGUUGGGUCUCACAUAAUCUGAAGAAAUGGCAGCAAUUAGCAAUUGGCAGUCGACAGCGUCUAUGUAUAGAUAAACUUUGCAGUUAUGCAGAAUUUGCCAUGUCAUCUGAUGGCAUAAGGGUGGAUGAUAUGAGUAGAUUGUGAGACCUGUGGCCAUGUUAUCACUGUCCAGCGAGAUGAUGCGUAUCGCAGCAUUCAAAAUGCAGCAUACACACAGCUAAUUCAGUGGCAAGCAGGUGGGAUGUACAUGCAAAUUGAUGAGGAUUUUGGUCAGCUCAAUAAGCACUCGAGGCUGGGAGGUGGUAAGUACAGCCAGUUUUGCCAUUGGUAGUAGAAAAAUUAAGCAAGAAACCUGCUGUUUUAGAUUUUCGGCAAUGUGGGUCUUUCAGGGCUGUAGAUGUUCUUCCUUUUUCUCAUCUUCGGUGUAAUUGAUGGUAUAAACUGGGUAGAAUUGUAUACAGUACUGUUGCUUCAUAAUUGAAAUACACAUUGCCAUAGGCCAUAUCUUGGAAAAAAUUGGAACUCUUUGCUGCAUCUUUCA